CUAACACACCACUAGUAGUAGUAGUAAUAAGAAAAUACAGUAAAAGUUGUCGGGGGAAUGGGAUUCUGAAUAUCAUUUUCUACUUCCACGCCCAUUAUUAAAGCUACUUUUCCUUGAACUUGUUGUGUAGUAUUUAAUUUUAAGGGUUGAUCUCACAAAUCAAAACAGCCAACAUAAAGAAGAUGAAGGAUUGGGCAGCUCCGAUCAUAGCAACAGCGCUAUUUGGAUUUUUAUGUCCAGGACUAAUAUUUCAAAUGCCAGGAAAACAUAGGCCUGUCGAUUUCAUGAAUAUGAAGACCAGUAUCGUUUCUAUGUUGCUUCACACUCUCUUCUUUGGUUUGUUUCUUAUGCUUUUCCUUGUCAUUCUCAAUAUACAUCUCUAUGCUUAAUUCAUCCUUUGCUACUCUGAGUGACCUCCUUUUCCAACAUUUACUUUUGUAUUCCCAGUUCAGUUCAUUACUUUAAUUUAUAUCACUCACCGGUUUGAUUGAUCAUUUCA